GUUUUCCUAUCGCCAUUUUCGAGUCAAUUCGCCGAAUUUAAUCAAAUCACACCAAUUCCUAGUGAAAAAUGGAAGCCUUUUCUCUCCAAUAAGUGGACGCGAUACCGCAAUAACAUCACCUAUGAGGUCUGCUGCGCGCGCAUGAGCGGGGCAUGAGCGGACUCGCGUGACCUGUACAGGAUGGCCGCCUCCAGUUUCCGCGUCAGCUGGAACAGCUUCCCGUCUCACGUGCUGUCCGCCCUGGACAACCUGCGUCUGGACGAGGACUUUGUCGACGUGUCCAUCUACUGCGGCCGCCGGCUCAUCAAGGCCCAUCGCAAUGUGCUCUCAGCGAGCAGUAACUAUUUCAAAGAGAUUUUCAAGUCGAACCCGAGUUCGCACCCGGUGGUGAUUCUGUGUGACGUGGACCACGCCAGCCUGCGCAGCCUGGUCGACUUCAUGUACCACGGCGAGAUUGAGGUGCCGACCACGCAGCUGGAUCAGCUGCUCCGGCUCGGCGAGCUGCUCCAGGUGCAGGGUAUCAGCUCGCUCAAGUCGGAUUCCGUCAGCACACCUGAGGAGUCGAGCAGCUUCCCGGCGCCUCCGACGGACGAACCCGCCGCCGCCGAGCCGGCGCUCCCGGACAGUGACGUCAUAGCGCCUGAGUGCGUCAUCACGGAGCGGAGCGGCGGCGUGACGGGCCGGCGCCGGCGCCGCUCGCGCCGCCGCACCACCAGCGCGGGGGAGGCGGCCGCCGACGCGGGCCCCGCGCCGACGGUCGUCAGCGGGCAGGCGCCGCUGCCAAUGUCGACCGGACCAGCCCUGAGCUGCGGGGCUCCGCCGCUACCACCUCCACCGCCGCCAGCAGCGGCACACGACCUUCCGACGGCGCCAGUCCAGCAGGCGGGCUCGGCCGGCGAGACGCCGCAGGGGACGGCCGAGCCGGCGGGCCAGGCGGCGCCGGAGGGCGGCCCCCACUCGCAGCUCCGGGUGAAGGCAGAGUGGCCCGACGAGCCGGCCCCGGACGCGCCGUCAGACUCCUCCAAACUGCUGCUGGACGAGAGCGAACAUUCUGGUCUGGAUAUGUCACAAUACUCUGGCGGAAUAUUUGGAGGCGGAGUGGGGUCUCGGAGGCCGCUGACCGGCGCCGAAAGAGCGAGACGCUACCGUGAGCGGAAAAAGCUGAAGAAGCUUUACGAGGCGCUACUGGGCGGCUCCCCGCGACGGGAGCAGCUGACCGUGCAGCUGUGAGCGGGAGCUCCGCUGAGACGACGCACAUCGCAGGCAGCUACUGAGACAGGUCCGUCGAUUGCCAAUGAACAAACAACUGUGGAUAGGUGGCGAGGUGCAGCCCGUCACGCGUCAGCAGGUAGUGGGCGAUAGAUCGCAUCGCGCAAUUGUGCCAUGGAAAGAGUGGCUGAGGUCGCUUAGAAAUUAAUUGAUGUAUGCGGGAAGUUUUGCCAUUUUAGAGCGUUAUUGUCGGUGUUUAUGAGGUGGCGUAAGUGCUCUCUCCGAUCUCUGAGAGCCGUGUGACUGGUGGGUGCCAUUCAUCUGAUGGGCCAUCUGGUGCCAUAUUGCGGCGUGCGCUGCCCCGAGCCGGCGGACCUAGUACAAAGCUGCUGCGCCCGGCCCGUCGGCGGCCCGCUGACGUGCAACAGUCUGGUCAUGGCCCGAAUCAAAACGGUGCGGCGUGAGGCACCGGUGCGGCCGGCGAGUGAGCCGCGGCGGAAGCCCGGCGGGGCUGCACUGGCCUGGUGUGUAGGUAGAAGCAGCCUGAUAUCCUGCUCUGUGGAGCUUGUGCCAGAGAGAAAUUGAAUGUAUGUUUAUGUUAGGCAAUGUGUCAGCGCGUUAUGUUCUUUUGAACUGGGCUGUCCUCUUCACUCAUUCCACUGAAAGGCAGUAGCGCAUCUGGGUGUUACUCGCGCUCGCUCGCAUAAUUCAGCUAGGCUUUUUUUCAUUGAACGUUAAUCAACGAACGAGUUUAAUGCUCAUAUGAGCCGGCUGAUUUGGGUUGUGUAGUUAGUGGUCGAAGUGUUGCGAUGUGUUCGAAACGCCGGCCGACAUCACGGAGUAUUGAGUCGGCUGGCGUCAGCUUCAUAGAUCUGCUUGCCGGUUGUGGUCUGUAGAUACGCUCCAGUGCAAGGUAGUGCCGGCGAGAGCCGCGCAGUCCCGCUAGUUACUAAUCACGGUUGUGGUAACGCGAGGCGUGGUGCGAGUGUCCGCGACCUGUGACCGCCCUCUGUGAUCUGACCUCGGGCCUCGCCCUCAAUCGGUCAGCAGGCGAGACACAGGCCGAGUUUAGAUAAUGUCGUUUUGCUCACCGUUUGGCGCUUUCGUGUCCCCGCGAUGAUGGCGGCGGUGCGUUUUCGCGACUCGUAUUUGUGCCAAAGCCCGACCCUCCCUGUUCUGGCGGGCGCCGUACAUCCUCUGUGGCGACCUUGGUGAGUGUGUUAGGGAAGAUUGUGUCUGCUGGUCGCAUGAUCCGGCUAGGUGUGACGUUGCCCCAGCCCUCCCUUCCGAUGCGAACGCUAGUAUCUCGCUCCCGUCUCCCGAUGUCGCCAUUCCUGAGCGGUCCGUGAAUUUGCCAUUGGGGAAGUACACCAAGGGAAGGGCUCUGGUUCCGGAACUGAUCGGAGCAUUACAACGAACCGGGUGUAGCACACUACUCAGCUUAAUAAUGCUCCAUUAAUGUCGGUAUCUCUGUAUCGUUUUCCAGAGUUCUCUCUGAUGUCUGUUGUUUCCACCAUGACUGCUUUAACGUUUGGUACAACUGACCACUGGCUGCUGUGUAUGUGCGCUCCGAUGUUGACCAUGUGUGCGCUGCUCACUUCCCUGGAGUACGCAAUACAUCGAUGUCUCUGUACUAACGA